AUGCCGACGACAAUAGAGAAGUUACAAGGCCAGCGGCUAGGUUUGAAAAAUAUUAUUGACCGUUUCGUCAGUAAAAUAGAAGAAACGAGCGAUGAAGACGAUGACAUUCAGUUUCAAGCGCUUAUCGAGAAAUUAGAAGAAAAAGUGGCAUGUCUGCUAGUCCACAAUGAUAAAAUUCUCUCGCUCACCGACGCCGACGCUGCGCCAGACGAGAUGGUCGAGGCAGAAGAGUAUACCUUCGACGUAGAGGUCAAACUACGAAGAUACAAGCAGCGUCUACAGCGGCCUAACAUUGGCAUUACAGACGCCGCCGAUUUAUUAUCGCAUGCAUCCGGUUCCGGUAGUCAGCAGGCAUCCGCUCCACUACCACCAAACAACCAACGCAGGGUGAACACCAAUUCGUCAAACAACAGCGGCCAGUCAGCGCCCGAGAUAAGUAUAUCUAGUACUCAUAAAUUGCCAAAAUUAAUACUUCCACGAUUUGACGGUGAUAUAUUACAAUGGCAAUCGUUCUGGGAUUCAUUCGAAUCGUCAAUCCAUUGCAAUGUCAACUUGACUGAUGUGCAGAAAUUCAAUUAUUUGAAAGCACAGUUGGAGGGUACAGCCGCCAUGACUAUUGAAGGAUUUGCACUCACGAAUGCAAAUUACACGCGCGCAGUUGAAUUGUUACGUGAAAGGUAUGGUCAACAUUGCAAAAUUGUUCAUGCAAACAUGCAAGCGUUAUUGAAAUUGCCAUCACCAACUUCCACAGUCGCGAGUUUGAGAGGGUUUUACGACCGCAUGGAAACGUAUAUCCGGGGUCUUGAGUCGCUAGGACAACAUCAAGAUAUGUACGGUAGCCUAUUGGUGCCAGUUGUAUUGGAAAAAUUGCCGAUGGAUAUACGUAAAAAUCUCGCCCGCGUAAACGAGAAUAAUGACUGGUUUUUGCAAGAUCUGCGACGAGCGAUUAACAAGGAAAUCAACAUUCUUGAGAUCGGCACCGGAAGUUCCUAUGCGUUGCCGGAAGUUAGCGACUACAACUCAACAGCAUUGUUUAAUGCAAGUGCGAAUGGUAAGAAGACUUCAUUCACUAUUAGCAACAAGUUUGGCAAAAGGAAUACGCAAAAUUAUUCUAGAACAUGUGCAUUUUGUGAUCAAGAACAUUUAAGUUGCGAAUGUAAAAACUUUCCUGACACUGCUGCCCGAAUGAAUGUUGUGAAACAGAAACAGCUUUGUUUUAACUGCUUGGGUAAACACCGAAUUACAGAAUGCAAGUCAAACGGACGCUGUCAAAACUGCCACCGGAAGCAUCACACUUCUAUCUGUAAGGAGCUACAAAGAAAACCGGAAGUUGAAUUGCCGCAAUCGGAAGCCGCCGUAUUCUUCUCGUCUUCAAAGAGGUCGAACGCAGACGUUGUAUUAAAGACCGCCAUUGCCCCUGUUUCGUCGUCUCACAAUACAACGGAUGCCGCCAUAUUAGUCGACGAAGGCGCACAGCGAUCCUUUAUCACCAGAAAGCUUGCUGACGAUCUUCAACUAGAGAGUGAUGGAAUAGAAACACUUAGCCUGACGGGAUUCGGAGGAAGUAAUAACAGAAGCUUACAGCAACUAGAACGCACGACAGUGUACAUAGUUUCGAAGAGAAAGAAGAUACCUGUUAGUGUACUCAUCGUCCCCACUAUUGCGGCUCCCAUCAGAUGCGGAUAUCUUAGAUCGACUGCGGAACUUCCAUACCUGCGGGGAUUGAAGUUGGCUCAUUCCGUUAAAGGUGACACGUUAUUUGACAUUUCAUUACUCGUUGGAGCUGACCACUAUUGGGAUAUUGUCGAAGAUCAUGUUGUUCGAGGGAACGGGCCGACCGCCGUCAAGUCUAAGAUUGGUUAUUUACUGUCCGGUCCGAUGCCCUCCACGUUUCAUGCGUCAGCUGAUAAGCACAUCUUGAACGUACUUGCAUCGCGCGCCCAAGAACACAGCAUAUUAGAACGUUUCUGGAGUCUUGAGAACAUGGGUAUCUCACCUUGUGAACCUGACCGGAAGUCUGUCGAGUACCUAAAGCAAUACCAAGCGACAGCUAUUGAGUACGACAACGGAAGGUACCAUGCCAAACUACCAUGGAAGCAAGACCACCCUGCUCUACCAACAAACCACAACAUAGCCUUGAAGAGAACUGUUGGGGCUAUUCAGAGGUUGUGCAAUGAACCGGAAGUGCCUCGGGCACAUGGUGACAUCAUAGCAGAGCAGGAAAGACGUGGCUUCAUCGAGCGGGUACCACUUGGUCAAGAGUCAGCUGAACAAGUGCACUACAUUCCUCAUCACUCAGUGGAAAAAGAAUCAUCAACGACACCCAAACGCAUCGUCUACGAUUGUAGCUGCCGUCAGUCACGUGAUUCACCAAGCUUGAACGACUGCCUGAAAUCAACGCCACCGGCAUUGAACGAGCUUACGUCGAUUCUUACAAUCGUCACAGAAAUCGAGGCUGUACUUAACGAUCGGCCAUUGACGUAUGCAUCAACAGAUCUAAACGACCCCCGCGCAUAUCACGCCGUCGCAGCUGUUAUACGGUCGCCGAGUUACAACGAUGCCACACGAUGA